GCCACUUCCUUCCAUCCGCCAUGUUUUGAUUGAAAUGUCAAUGCCAUACAAAGAUGGCUGCUUUUAAAUAAUCCAAAAAAUGCGUUAAAAUGUAUCGCCGUUUCGUGUUUUUCUUAAUUUUAAGUUUUUUUCAUAGUUUAAGAUGUAAUCCAGGCGAACUCGCAUUAAAAAUAAUCAAAAGUACUGAGGAUUCCUACACUCCCGUCCUCUCGGCAGUCGUUGAGGAGAAAGCCGGUGCUAAUUUUUCUCUACUCUGUGAUUUAGUGUCUUUCAAAAGCAACAGUAACUACUACGAUUUUCAAUUAUCAUGGAUUAAGCAAUCGAACGACUUGAGAUUCUGGCGCGAACAUGACUCCUCUGACAGCAAGAAAAUGUACUCAAUCCUCAAACCCAGUGAAAUGAACAAAGCAAUCAAGCACUUCUACCCGCUCAAAUCCGAAGACAGAGGCAAGUACUUUUGCGUCAGUCUCAAGUACAACUUGCACAAGAGCGUGGAGGUUGUGGUCCGCGACGACAAGCCCCCCAAAGAGCGGCCUUUUAUCCAAGAAACGAUUUUUUGUAGCGAGCAGAUGUUUCAAUGUGCAAAUGGUUUUUGUAUUUUUUAUCAUUACGCCUGCGACGGCAGACCCGACUGCACCGACGGCUCGGACGAAAGCGAUGAGGUUUGCCACGGGGACCCCUGCAAAGACAAGCUGCAAUGCGACGACGGCCGCUGCAUACCGACAAGUUGGUGUUGUGACAGGCAUCACGACCCCAACUGUACGGUGACGAACAGGCCGAAAUGUUGCCAGGUUUUGUCAGAUUCUUAUGAGGAAUUGGAAUAUGGGUCGGCUUCAGUGACGCAGAGCCAUAAUGGGGCCCGUUAUCUUUUUAUAACGAUAUGUACCCUUUGCAUCCUCUUCGUCAUUUUGCUCUUCCUGGUGCUCGCCUCUCGUGUGGUUCUCAUGGCCCGCAAGACCGACAUCGAUCAUUCUAGCGUCAAUCAAUCGAACAUCGAAAGCAUCAGUUUACAUAAUCAGACAGCUCUCCUAUCUUGUGAUGUUUUUACAUAUCAGAAUAAUUCGCGAUUACCGCCUUCUAAUAAUCAUAUCGUUGACAAUUGUGAUGUUUCCGAUCCCUUGUUGUUCAGUGAGGAGGAUCAACCACCGUCGUACAUCGACGUUAUUCGUGCUCAAAAUUCCGGAUUGAACUUAAACGAACCACCACCACCUUAUACCAGCAGAGAGGUGUUGAACGUUCCAGAUGAUAAAAGCGAAACAGAGAAUUGAUCACACAUUCCUCGUCUCUGGUGUUUUUCUUGUUGAUAUUACCGUCUUUCCGUUUUCGUAAUCUCCGGUUUUCCAUCCUGAUUAUCCUAAGUAUUUUUUGUCAUUGAAGUAUUUUUGUGUUUGUACUAUAUUUUAAUCCAUGUAAAUAGGAAGACUACGUUGGUAGUAUUAGGAAGCGAUUACUAUCGAAGCGACAAUACUAGACUGUAUUUUUAAUUAGUACAAACUGAUUUUAAUCAAAAUUAUAUAUUUUAGUAAAUAAAAAAGUGAAGGAAAAA